AUGGAGACUUAUCUUGAGGCUUUAGAUAUUUGGGAGGCCGUGGAGGAGGAUUAUGAUGUUGUUCUACUAUUCGAUAAUCCCACGGUGGCCCAGAUCAAAAGCCAAAAGAAAAGUAAAUCAGAAAAUCAAAAGCAAAAGCGACUUCGUUUGCUAGUGUUUCUCCAACAAUUUUCACGAGAAUUAUGGCGUUUAAAUCAGCAAAAGAAAUUUGGGAUUAUCUACAGGAAGAAUAUACAAGAGAUGAAAGAAUGCGAGCAAGAUGAUCAGUAUGAGAGUGCUGGAGAGAACAGAAAGCGUGAGAUUCGCACGUAUGGUAACAAGAGGGUUUGCAUCUAUAUGUGUAGUGUAGAUCUUAUGCCUACCUACUGUAUUUCUUCCAUGAUCUAUGGGUCUACUGGAGCUACCCACUUUGACCAAUUAGCCAAGAUUUUGACCGGAUACAAAAUCAAUGGUGCUCGAUCUAGUGGUAUUUUUAACGGAAUUCUAUUUAUCGCUGUUGGAUCAAUAUUCAAGAUCACUGCAGUUCUAUAUAUGUUGGCACUUGAUAUCUAUGAGGGUUCACCCACCCCGGUUACAACAUUCCUUUGUAUUGCGCCUAAAAUCUCUAUUUCUGCAAAUAUUUCAUGUGUUUCUAUUUAUGGUUCUUAUGGAGCUACAUUGCAAAAAAUCAUAUUUUUCUACAAUAUUGCUUUUAUGAUCUUAGGAGCACUGGCCACCAUACCCCAAACAAAAGUAAAAAGAUUUUAUUAUAUACGCUUAGUGAAAAGAAUGUUUUUUGAUACACCUAGGACAUGGAUUCUAUAUGAACCAAUGGAUCAUGACAAAUCAUUACUACUAGCAAUGACUUCCUCUUUCAUUACUUCAUUCUUUCCAUAUCCCUAUCCUUUGUUCUCAGUUACUCAUCAAAUGGAACUUAGUUCAUAUCUUUAA